AUGUCCGAGGCGGGCAAGGAUAGCUCGAUCUCUGCCUCUGCGGUGGUUUUUCCCAAGGAGGCUGAUUUCGCUGACACUGGCCUGGCAGCUGUUGCGGAGCCCGGCUGGCAAGAGGAUGAUGGGCUGGCAGUGCCGCCUGAAAUGCUGGUCGGAAAUGGAAAGGAGGUGGCCAGUCCAAAGAAGUCUCAACCAGAGCCUCCCCUCCCAGCAAACAUCAGCGUUGAGACCCAGCUGCGUGCGGAACUCUACGCUGCACGUGAUGAAGUUCAGUCCCUCGAGC